AUGACCCCCGAAAAAUGCGAGUCCGAGCUUGACGACAUCAGCAGGAAGGCGCCGAUGGUGAGGUUCCUUCUCGAGGCUCUGGAGAAGGCUGGGUGUCCCGUGAACCGCUCGUUCUUCGAGGUGCAGCGGUGCAACAAGGCGGUGCUGGGCGGGUUCAGACCGGACGAGGGCGUGGUGCUGUGCCACAACAAUCUGACGAAUAGGACGGACAUGGAGAACAUGCUGACGCACGAGCUCAUACACGCUUACGACCACUGCAGGAAUAAGAACAUGGACUGGCUCGACCUGAAGCAGCACGCGUGCUCGGAGGUGCGCGCGUCGAACCUAUCCGGGGACUGCCACUGGGUCAACGAGAUGUUCCGAGGAUACUUCGGCGUGGAGAACGGGCAUCAGAAGUGCGUGCGGCGACGCGCGGAGCUUUCCACCGCGAUGAACCCGCGGUGUAGGGAUAGGGACGAGGCGAAGAGGGUGGUGAACGAGGUGUUCGAGCAGUGCUUCAAGGACACGCGGCCGUUCGACGACAUUCCCUGA